CUCAAACCUCAUCACUAACUUAUAAAUCUCUUCUAUUCAUACACAUAAACCACUCCUCACUUAUUUAUCCUUUUUAUCAUGGGUGUCUUUGUUUUUGAUGAUGAAUACGUUUCAACUGUUGCACCACCUAAACUCUACAAAGCUCUCGCAAAAGAUGCUGACGAAAUCGUCCCAAAGGUGAUCAAGGAAGCACAAGGAGUCGAAAUUAUCGAAGGAAAUGGAGGUCCAGGAACCAUCAAGAAGCUAUCCAUUCUUGAAGAUGGAAAAACCAACUAUGUGCUACACAAACUAGACGCAGUUGAUGAAGCAAACUUUGGUUACAACUACAGCUUAGUAGGAGGACCAGGGCUACAUGAAAGUUUAGAGAAAGUUGCAUUCGAGACAAUUAUUUUGGCUGGUUCUGACGGUGGAUCCAUCGUUAAGAUAUCUGUGAAAUAUCACACCAAAGGUGAUGCAGCUCUAUCUGAUGCAGUUCGUGAUGAAACAAAGGCCAAAGGAACUGGACUUAUCAAGGCCAUAGAAGGUUACGUUUUGGCAAAUCCUGGUUACUAAUUAGUUGUAUAAUCUUCUACUUGGUUUGGUUUUGUUAUGCGAAUAAUGAAUGAAUAAAGUGUUGUGAUAUGGUUUUUUAAUUUACAUGUGUGAGGCUAUGUUGUCAAGUGUGAACUAGUGUCGGUUUGAGUGUGGUUUUGGGAGAAUUUGGUUGGGUUGAUGAUGAGGUUUUGUACUAUAUGUAUUUCUCUAAUAAAUAAUGCAAAAGAAAAGUUCCUAGUA